UCCCGCCCCCUCCUACUGCUGCUGGAAUAGUAACAAACUAGUGGCUCGGUCCAGUCGCAUUAGGAAGCUGCUUGUUGCUACGGCUGCCGGGGGAAGCGAUUCGUAGCGGAUGGCGGUGGACUUGGGGCAAAUAGAGAACAUCCAAUAGAGAGCGGAUAUUUCUGGGAAGUUUUUCUGGAAAAAACACUGCCUAUUUGGUAGUUGUGAGAGUCGGCGAGCAGCAGAAUGGCGGCCAUUAAAGCUCUCCAGCAGUGGUGUAAGCAGCAGUGUGAUGGAUAUCGUGAUGUCAGCAUCACUAAUAUGACCACCUCGUUCCGCGAUGGAUUAGCAUUUUGUGCCAUAUUACAUAAGCAUCGUCCAGAUCUCAUAAACUUCAAUUCACUCAGCAAGGAGAAUGUAUAUGAGAAUAACCACUUGGCUUUCUGUGUUGCUGAGGAUGAGCUGGGGAUUCCAGCCCUGCUGGAUGCUGAAGAUAUGGUGAAGCUCCGGAUCCCUGACAGGCUCAGCAUCCUUACUUAUGUAUCUCAGUACUACAAUUACUUUCACGGUCGCUCUCCUAUUGGAGGCUUGGCAGCUGUGAAGCGUCCUCCUCCAGAUACAGUGGAAGAACCAGCAGGGAAGAAGGUUACUAAUGAUGUCCUGCCAACACCCAAGACCACACCAAGGCUUCCUCAGCCAGUGCCAAGAACUAAUGUGCCUGCGCCAAAGUCAAACACUGUGAUUGAAAACCCACCAGUGAGAGCUGGCAUACGGGAAAUAGACAGCAACAGUUCUGUGAGCAGCAAUUGCAUGAUCUGUGGGAAACAUGUCCACUUGGUCCAGAGACACAUGGCCGAUGGGAAGCUCUACCACAGGAACUGCUUUAAGUGUAAGCAGUGUAGCCGCACUCUACAACCAGGGGAGUAUAAAGCUGGAGAUGGAUUUGGUAGUUUUAUAUGCACACAUCAUCAUCCAGUUGCACCCACCUCGCCAGUGACCAGAACAAUAAUGCCGGCCGGUCCUCGUGGUGCCGCAGUUGAUGAGAACAAGAGUAGUUGGGUGUCCCCCAGGUCUUCAGUGCAGGAUCAGAAUAACAAAACUCCAGGCAACAGGUUUGGUCUUAGUGGAGCAGGCUCUACAGUGCAGGAUCCAACCAACAGAACAGCAGUAGGCUUUGUCAGUAAUAACCAAAAAUUCCAGCAUUCUACGGGUGCACCGGAUCAGGAAGAGAAACCUUCACGCAACAAUCUCAACUCAACUUAUAGUCCGAGUAGCACAAACAUAGCACUGCAGCAUCAGACAAAUAGGACAGCAGGGGGAUUUGUAAGUAGCAGAAAAGACCACUCCGGUGCUUCCAUUACCACGGGGUCUGACCAAUUACACAAAGUCGGCUCUAACUAUUUAAACACCAGUGUUGCUAAUGAGCAGCCUAAAAAGCAAUCAACGGAUUUACUAACCAACAAAGGAAAACUUGAGCUCAAAAAAGGUCCAAGCAGUCAGCCAAUAAAAUCUCCCAGCUUCACCAUCAAUUCCACCCCUACUGGAAAGUUAACUACCCCCUCAGCUAAGGACGAACCCAAGGAAACAUCGCCAAAACCUUGGGAAUUGUCUGCUGCAAAAAACAAGGCUGCUCGAGACAAGUUUUUCCAGGCGAGUCCUGCAGUUCUGGAGCCAGCAAAUAAAAUUUCCACAGUUGAUAUUGUUGCUCCAAAAAGCUCUGAUGGACCAGGGAAGUCUGCUGCUACCAGCUUGUCGCCUGGUACUCCUGAUUCAAGCGGAGGGAAGGACAAAGCUCGGAACUUCCUUUUGAAAACCCUUGGUGGUCCCACAUCUCCUAAACCCUCCGGGGAAACAGAGAAUCCAAGUCUUGUAUACAGAUCACACAGGCUAUUGGAUGAGAAAACUACUGAACCUUCAAUUCCCAGUACCAAAGUGGAACCUGCAAGGCCAGUACCUAAGGAAAGGAAGAUUAAAAAUGAAACUCCAAAGUCUGUUUCAAAUCCUGAUCCCCCUGUUAACACCCCAACAUACACCAGUAGUGGAAUCACUACCCCAAUCACAGGAAAUAAUUCCAGUACCACAACGCCUUACCUUUCCAAAAGUGGUUCUGGGCAGAAAGCUGAUGAAAUAUCCUCUAAAGGGCCAACUCCUAACUCUAAUGUAUCCAAACAAGAAACCCCUGGAAACUGGAGACAGAAACUGAAGCCAGUAACCAAAACUCCACAGACGCAAGGCUCUCUUCCAAAAGUUGCGGAGAAUGGAGCCAAAACGACACCCUCUACCCAGAAGAUACCGACUGUAAUUAAUUCAGUGAAGACCAAUACGACUUCCCCUGGAAAAGAGAACAAGCCCUCUGAAUCCCUCACCCCAUCAGCUGCACAGAUCAAGGAGGACAAAGCAUCAUCCUCACCAACACCGCCAAGGAAAAAACUUCUGCCUGUCAACUUGGAUUUGAUUCAUGACUGGCCAAAACCAGUGCAGAAGUGGCAAGACGUGCCCCUUAAGGAUGAUACCAAGAGACCAGCUGCUCAUCUCAGUGCAAAUGAAAUAAUGAAAAACAAUGAUUCACAUAACAAGGCCCGGCCUGAAUAUAUCCCAGAGGAGGAGAUCCAGAAGCAGCUGCAGAUUAUAGAGCAGGAGCUGGAUGCCUUGGAACAGCAGGGAGUGGAAAUGGAGAAGCAGCUGCGCAGCUGCGAUGGAGAUGAGUCAGAGGAUGCACUGAUGGUGGAUUGGUUCAAGCUUAUCCAUGAAAAGCAGCUCCUCCUGAGACAAGAAUCUGAACUGAACUACAUUUCCAAGCAACAGGCUUUGGAGGACCAACAGUCUAAUGUUGACACUGAACUUCGGAACUUAAUGAACAAACCCGAUCAACUAAAAACCCCGGAAGAUAGAGAAAGAGAAAAGGAAUUACUAGAUCAAUUAUUGUUAAUUGUCAAUGACAGGAGUGGGAUUAUAGAUUGCUUGGAUGAAGACCGAAUCCGAGAAAAGGAAGAGGAUGAAGUUAUGAAUGCCAUGAUCCGAAGGCACUCGGAGAACAAUCAAAAGGAGGCCAGUCCAGAGCCAAACCUCAAGAGACGAUCCAGGUUUAGCUUUUCGGGCCUUUUUAAGCCGAAAGAUGGAAGUAAAACUUAACAUGUGGAUGCCUUUAGCCUGAUGAGUGAUGAAGCACAGCCAGCAAAUAUGAUCUGGCACGCUACUCUUUGCAGAAUACUGGAAUUCCCACAACCUCUGUGCAGUAGAAACUCCAGAAUGCCAAAUGCUUGCAGCUGCUCUUGUACAGUGACUUUAUAGGGAGGAGAGAUUGGGUCUGGCAACACACUGGUGAACUCGGGGCCUCAGGGCUGUCCUAUAGUGAAUACAUCACCCACCUUAGCCUCCAGGUGUCUGCGAUCGGAUAUGUACAAAAUGUAUUUAAGUUUGCCUUUAUAAUUUCUGUUCUUGAGUGCAGUAUUUUUAUGUACAGAUCCUGCUUAAAAUGCACUCACUUCGGAGAGAGACUUCCAUUGCUAAAACCCUUUCAAAAAUUAAUUUGGAGGAGUCAUUUGGCAAUAAGAGAUCAUCGCUCUGAAGCUUUAUUUCUAUGAAGAUGGAUCAUAAAGCUAGGGUUCAUUAUGUGCUAAGCAUUACAUGUUACAGAGCCAUAAAGGGACACCACUUAUUGUUUCUGAUCGAUGCUUAUUGCAUUCCUUGGGUUAGAUUGCGUGUAAGAAUUCUGUUAUACAACUAUCCAUAGAAAGCACAUGUUGUACUGGAUCCCACACAGUGAGUGCCAGGUUUGAAUGCAUUAAAGAGGUUGUUCCUCUAUGAGUUAACUUUUAGUAUGAUGUAAAGCAUGAUAUUCUGAGACAAUUUGCCAUUGGUUUUCGUUUUUUUAUUAUUUGUGAUUUUUGAGUUAUUUAGCAUUUUAUUCAGCAGCUCUCCAGUUUGUAAUUUCAGCCAUCUGGUUGCUAGGGUCCCAAUUACCCUAGCAACCAUUUAUUGAUUUGAAUAAGAGACUGGAUUAUGAAUAGGGUGGGGUCUGAAUAGAAAGAAGAGUAAUAGCACAAUAACAAUACAUUUGUAGCCUUAAGGAGCAUUUGUUUUGUUUUUUUAAAUGGGUCAGUGACCCCCAUUUGAAAGCUGGAAAGAGACAGAAGAAGAAGACAAUUAAUGAAAAUAUAAAAAAAUAAAUAAAGAAGACCAUCUGAAGAGUUGCAUGGAAUUCUAUAACGUACUAAAAGUUUACUUAAAGGUGAACCAUCCUUUAAAACACGGAAUUGUGUUCUUUUAUUUGCUGCCAGUGUAUUGGUUACCCUUUAUUUUCACUUUGGGUAGUUCCUUUUAAUAAAGGUGUCCUAUUAUCACAA